AUGCAACUUCAAAAACUGAAGAUUUUAAUGAUUGGGCCUUGUGAAUCUGGGAAAACGUCUAUAGCUAAUUUUAUCUCCGAAUCGAUUAAUAUAGAAGAAUCUGAAGCUAUACGUCCAACACAGGGUGUGCGAAUCGUUGAGUUUGAGAUACCCAAUGUGACUUCGAAUGGCGAACAAAAUAAUAUCGAUAUUGAGCUUUGGGACUGCAGUGGUGAUCAUAAAUUUGAAUGUUGCUGGCCAGCACUUCGAGUCGGAGUAAAAGGUGUGAUUCUAGUAUCGUCGCCUAACACUGCGAACGCAUCAAGAGAGUUGGAACUUCUGUACAAUUAUUUUGUAUCUCAACCGAAACUAUCAACAAAGCAGUGUGUGGUAUUUUAUAACUGCCUCGACGAACAUGAAGACGCCAUUUUAAAUUUGUCCCCAACGUUCUCAAGAGUAUCUCAGGUCGCCAUCAACAUGAAAACGAGGAGUGAUCAUAUUAAAAUGGCUUUUAAGAAUUUCGUUUCAUCGAUCUUACAGUCAAUCUCCGAUUGA